AUGGAGGUCUGCCAUGAUUUCAGCACGAACAGACAUGCACGCAAGAACUCGAAGAUCUGGGCGAAUGGCGGCCAUAGAGCAAAGAGGCAUCCGACGCUCAAUUUCGAGGACGGGAACCUGGCGAUUCUGGCGGGCGAGUUCUACUUUCUGGUACACCAAGGCCUGAUCUCUCGUCACUCGGCUCCUUUGGCUGCUGCAAUCCUGGAACUAUCUACGGAUCGACUGGAAGGACGCCCCGUUCUGCGUGUCUCGGAAUCGCCGGAAGAUAUGCUCCAUUUCCUGACCGCCUUGUACGAUGGCGUGUCUUCCCUUCGAUAUGAUAACGCUGGCUUUCCUCUAGUAGCGAUUGUCUUGACUUUGGCGACGAAGUACGAUGUAAAGCAUUUGCGGAAUGAUCUUCUUCGAGGACUUCGUGUUUCCUGGCCAGUGUCACUAAUCCAAUGGGACGAAAGAGAAGCGGCCGCCGAAGACUCAGACGGCCACUGUAUCCCAAGACCUAGUUUACCGCACCCAAUAAUGGUCAUCAAUCUGGCCCGACUGGCUGGCGCACCAGAGCUCCUUCCUUCCGCCUUUUACGACUUGUCUCGCUGUUCUCCGAGCGACUCGGCGGCUGGUUACAUGUGCCCGACAUCUCAACUAGCCUUCCUCUCCGCAGAGGAUCUGAUGAAACUCCUUCGUGGUAGAGAACAUGCCUCUCGAUUUCUAUCAACUUUUAUCGUCAACGAGCUGGAAGGACGGCAUCCGUCCGCGUUAUGUGCCUUUGGCGCGAGGGAGCCAGGUCGCCGAUCUUGCCAAGCUGCAUUCGAGGCAAUCACAUUUGAGCUUUUACGAAACAUCAAUGUCUCGAGCGAUGAUAUCAGAGGCGCUGACCCCUUAUACGCGAUUUACGAUUUGGAAGCGAUGCUCAAUAGGAACUUUGUGACUGGCGGCGACCACCCAACGUUAUACCAAGCAUGUGAAAGUUGCCGUGAAGAAUUUCGUGUGUUAGCGGAGGGCGUUCGAGAGGAUCUAUGGAGACAUCUGCCCCAGUGGUUUGACAUAGAAAUUGCAAAUUGGAGCUCCUGA